AUGGGUAAGGAAAAGGUUCACAUUAACAUUGUGGUCAUCGGCCAUGUCGACUCUGGGAAGUCAACCACGACCGGCCACCUGAUCUACAAGCUUGGUGGUAUUGACAAGCGUGUGAUCGAAAGGUUUGAGAAGGAGGCUGCUGAGAUGAACAAGAGGUCGUUCAAGUAUGCGUGGGUGCUCGACAAGCUCAAGGCUGAGCGUGAGCGUGGUAUCACAAUUGAUAUUGCCCUCUGGAAGUUUGAGACAACCAAGUACUACUGCACUGUGAUUGAUGCCCCGGGACACCGUGACUUCAUCAAGAACAUGAUUACUGGUACCUCUCAGGCUGACUGUGCAGUCCUCAUCAUUGACUCAACCACUGGUGGUUUUGAAGCCGGUAUUUCCAAGGACGGUCAGACCCGUGAGCAUGCUCUGCUUGCUUUCACUCUUGGAGUCAAGCAAAUGAUCUGCUGUUGCAACAAGAUGGAUGCAACCACCCCCAAAUACUCCAAGGCUAGGUAUGAUGAAAUUGUGAAGGAAGUGUCUUCGUACCUGAAGAAGGUUGGAUACAAUCCUGAAAAAAUCCAUUUUGUGCCGAUUUCUGGUUUUGAGGGUGACAACAUGAUUGAGAGAUCCACCAACCUGGACUGGUACAAGGGCCCAACCCUCCUUGAGGCCCUUGACUUGAUUAAUGAGCCCAAGAGGCCAUCAGACAAGCCCCUCCGUCUCCCUCUUCAGGAUGUGUACAAGAUCGGUGGUAUUGGAACUGUACCUGUGGGUCGUGUGGAGACAGGUAUACUGAAGCCUGGGAUGGUGGUGACUUUCGGCCCAUCUGGUCUGACCACUGAAGUUAAGUCGGUGGAGAUGCACCAUGAGGCUAUGCAGGAGGCUCUCCCAGGUGACAAUGUUGGGUUCAAUGUAAAGAAUGUUGCGGUGAAGGAUCUGAAGCGUGGUUAUGUGGCCUCAAACUCAAAGGAGGACCCCGCUAAGGAAGCUGCCAACUUCACCUCUCAGGUGAUCAUCAUGAACCAUCCUGGCCAGAUUGGACAGGGAUAUGCACCGGUGCUCGACUGCCACACAUCCCACAUUGCUGUCAAGUUUGCUGAGCUCGUGACCAAGAUUGACAGGCGAUCUGGUAAGGAGCUCGAGAAGGAGCCCAAGUUCUUGAAGAAUGGAGAUGCUGGCUUUGUCAAGAUGAUUCCCACAAAGCCCAUGGUGGUCGAGACCUUUUCUGAGUACCCACCUCUUGGACGUUUUGCCGUUCGUGACAUGAGGCAAACUGUUGCUGUUGGUGUCAUCAAAAGUGUCGAGAAGAAGGACGCCUCGGGUGCCAAGGUGACCAAGGCCGCUGCCAAGAAAGGCGCCAAGUGA